ACCGAAAUUGGGAAAAGCUCAACAAAAACUAUCAGCCUAGAAUGGCUCAAACCUAAUAAACCCCACGUUGCCUUCUUCUUCCUUCAUCUUCAGAAAGCCGCAACGAGGCGUGACAAGUCCCAGACCCUGUAAAUCAUGCCGAACUGCUGCCCAGAUCACAUCAGAGCUGCCACCACUGUCUCUAACUAAGUUGGAGCUUCUGCACCUAUUUCCGUAAGCGUGAGGAGAAGCGUGCGUGAGUCAACACCGAGCCGCCGUGUUCUCGAUUAUGCUGCCGUCGUUUACUGUCGCUGGCGAUCUGCUGCCCCAAGUCACUGCCAUCAUCCGUGAACCGUUUAUGUGUUACUUAAGCUCCAAGCUUUGUCCGCUCUGCUUAUUUCCUGUUGUUGGUGUUGCUACGUCAUUGUCCGUGCCGCAAGCUUUCUAUUCUCCAUUGUUGUUUACGAUGAGUGUGUGGUGUUUAACAUUCAAUUGGCCCAAGUAA